UAUAAGGGCGGGCGGGGCGGCUGCCAGCCGCCAUUUUGUCCAGUGAGGAAAAGCGGAGCGGGAGUGUCGUUGAGGGUCGAGUCGGCUACGAAUUUAGCGCGGGCUCCCUUCGCGCGCCCUCCCUCUUAGUAUCGCAAUGCAUCGUGACUCUUGUCCGCUGGACUGCAAGGUUUAUGUGGGUAACCUUGGAAACAAUGGCAACAAAACUGAGCUAGAGCGAGCUUUUGGCUACUAUGGACCACUGCGCAGUGUAUGGGUGGCAAGAAAUCCUCCUGGUUUUGCCUUUGUGGAAUUUGAAGAUCCACGAGAUGCAGCUGAUGCAGUAAGAGAACUAGAUGGAAGAACCCUCUGUGGGUGUCGUGUCAGAGUUGAGCUCUCCAAUGGCGAAAAACGGAGUCGGAACCGUGGUCCACCUCCAUCCUGGGGCAGACGUCCUCGAGAUGACUAUCGCAGAAGAAGUCCUCCUCCUCGUCGCAGAUCACCACGAAGGAGAAGCUUUUCUCGUAGCCGCAGCAGGUCCCUCUCCAGAGACAGAAGAAGAGAGAGAUCUCUCUCACGGGAGAGGAAUCACAAGCCUUCUCGUUCCUUUUCCAGGUCUCGCAGUCGCUCUAGGUCAAAUGAGAGGAAAUAGGACUUAAAGGAGGAGCUGUGUACAGGAAGUCAUUAGAUCUGAGGACAGGAGUAUGUACAGAACAUUGUUUUGUUUUGAAACUUCAUAAAGCUUCGUGCAUUUUUAAAAUGUUUUAGCUGUUGAGCUUUGUUCAUUGUAUCUUGUAACAGGUGGCAAAUGUAAAGAUGUGAAUCUGUAUAUGGUUCUAAGCAGAUCAUAUGAUUUGUAUUAUUAAUCACUUUUUACAAUGUACCCUUAUACAUAAGUUUUUGUGUUGAAUGGUAAUCAGUCCUGCAUAGAUAGAAGAAUGUUUCGGGUCUUGACAUUCUGCGGUGUAUUUUGCUGGGGUUCAGCUUGUGGAAGGAAGCAUGCAAUGAAGAUGUUUGCAGAAUGAUGGCUGUGAUUGGUGUUUGUGUAGAACAAGGUGUAGAUGCUUCAUAGUACAGUUCUCAGAAGUAAUAAUGUUGAGCCAGUGGCAUGUAAAGGGAAUGUCUGAGCUGCAGUUUUAUCCAGAGCUUUAGUUCCAACUUCCGUUAUCUGGAACUGAGCUACUUAAUAUGACAAACUUUUAGCUGUAGGGUCAGUUACUUUUGUACUUAAUAUGACUAGAGUAUUUCUUAAAUAGAUGAUAGCUUGACUAUCUGUUCCAGAAUCUCUCAAUAGACCAAAUGUACCACAGAACUGACACCUGGAGUGGAUGUGUUGAAUGUGUAAUGGUACAUUGUAAAAGUUAUGAAUUAAACAUUUCUUUACUGUACAAGAAUUUUCAUGUCACUUGUAAACUGUCUUUUUGUGAGAUCCUUGGGAUUAAAGUUUUGGUUACAA